UGAGAAAAAGCCAAGUUUAUCUGGCUGUUGUGUCUGCUGGAUACUGCUCACUCGACCCUGUUGGAGAAGAUAAUUUUGCUGUUUGGCAUGUGGGGUGUUGUCUGCAGCUGCAAGGGGCAAGGAAUGACAGAUGCAAGAAUAUGAUGACAAGAGAACGUGAAAGCUGUUCAGCGAGGAGGCCAGACUUCGUUCUUCUUUCAUUAUUGGGUUGAUCAGGGAAAUGGAUCCUCCUGCAGCGCUGUCUGAGUCUCCCAGUAACGACAGGUUAGUGUUUGUGAUGAAGUGGCCCUGGGGCUUCCUAUGUCUUUACUUUGGAAUAAUACUUUCUCUUCUCCUGAUUUUUCUCAAGAGAUUUAAAAAUGCUGGUACUAUAAACGUUCUAGCUCCCAAUGUGCAUCCUCAGCUGUGCUUUACAAUUCUUUCAAUUUGCAGAAACAAUGGAUAGUUCUAACCAAUGUUUCUCAGAAAUACUGCUAUUCAUUUACCCAAAUAGUCUUCAAAUUUUUCUGUAUUUGUCUGGAGUUCAUACAUUUCACUUAGGCCUGUCAUCUAGUUGGUGAUGAUUUUGCCUUCCCCGGAUGUGCCAGCUGUUUCUUCACGGUUCUCUCGAUAGCUCUUCAGCUAGAGCUGCGCCACAAGGUAGAACGUGUUGCCCAGGAUGCUCACGGCUCAAACUGACACACUUUGUGAAUGGUGAGUCUCACCUGCCAGAUACUUUUGCUUUGUUUUUUAACUUUAAUUUACAGAUGAUGAUGAUAGCGAUGAAAACAAUGAUGAAAUUGAGCUUUAUGAUGACAAACCAAAGUAUGCUCUAUCGUGUGUCAAACGCACAUUGCUAAGUGCCAGACAUAAAUCACAUCAUUUACACAUCAUCUCGACCUAGAGUUGUGCGUUAUUAUGCUCAUGGUGCAGAUGAGAAAACAGUUGUGCCCUUUCUUCCUUCCCUUCACCCUGUAAUCUGUCCCACCCACAGUGUCAUAAACACCCAAACUUGCACUGGAGUCUAGUAGGGGGUUUCUUUGUUCCAAUACACUCUCCAGGUCUCUUCUGACCAUUGGAUUGAAUGCAAUGACCUUAAGAUUGGAUUGUGGCCCAUUUGAUGAUGCUAUGUACCACUUAUUAUCCAUGAUUUGGGUAAUUGCAGAAUGUCUAAGGUGAUUGUCUCCUUGAUCAGGGUAUUAAAGGGAGUCUUAACUGCAUUACCUUUGGCCUGAGGGUGACUCAGCCUUCACUAUCAGCUCUGACAUCUUCUGACUAACUCUCUUUGGUAACUCUCCAAAGAGAAUGCUCAGAUUUCUACCUGACAUUUCUUACUGCAUUUAUGUUUUCCUCCCCCUACCCUGCCCACUUAGCCUUUCCUUCCUUUUUUUUCCAGUGUGGCCUCUCUGAAUAUGACCUAUUUCAUAAUUUCCUUCUGUGUUAUAUGUCAUUAUAUUCAGAACCUCAAGUCUCUCUGAGGGCAGCUUAUUUUCUCCAGUGUGUGAAAUGAGAUUUUUGUGCUUGGUACAUUGAAUGAGUCAGGAACCAUCUCAGCAUCAACCACUCCUAAAAGCCUUAUUUGAGGAGGAUCUUCUGGAUCAUUCUGCUAUGGCAAAGAGUUUUAUUCUGUCAUGCUGAUCUCCUAAACAGUGGUGUGCAGUUCAGGUGGUAAGCGUGAUGAAGGAUGGCUGUGAGAGGACACACUGGCAGAAUUUAUUUUAGCUUGUUUUUAUAAAAUGUUCAUAUUCUCUGGAAUAUGUUUUCUAAUAAAAUACUCUAUUAGCAUAGAAAUAGGUAUAUAUCUUUCCUUAUAAUAUUUACACACAAAUAUAGAACCCAGAUAUUCAGAGGGUGUAUUUCGCUGAUACAGUUGUGUGUGAUUCUUGACAUUGAGAUAACUGGAUGAUCACAGUUACAUUUUCUGUUGUCUCUCCUGGCACUGCAUGGGAACAAAUAUAAGUGGGUGCUCAUAAAUGCAUCAAAUUAUGUCUCUUUCCUUAAUCAGUAUUCUGGAAAAAGGAGAUAAAGUUUUCCAGCUCUUACUGGGCAAUUUCUCCUGUAGAAAAAUAAUAUUUUCUAGUUGUUUCAAAGCAAUGACCACCUGAACCAUGAUUUCCUGAACGUUAUUGCAAAUUCAUGGUGUCUGCACAUUCCUUAAACAUUUGUGUUUGCAGGACUGCAGUCCCCCAAAGAAAGCUGAAAAUGAUGGAGUCUUACAUCCUCAAUUUACAGAUGACUAGUUUUACUUUUCUGUGUAUUUGUAUUUUUUUAAACUGAAAUAAAACUAAAGCCUGUAUUUCACAGCAAUAACGUGAUAGAAGUCAAUUUCAUAAUUUUUAUUUUAUUUCAUUCUCAUUCUUUUAAAAUAUCUUUAAAAAUGUUAUUAUAUAUCUAAUGUUAUUCUUAAAAUAUUAACAGUCUGUAGUUUUUCACUUACAUGAAAUAGAUGCAUAGAAAUAAGUAUAUGGCAUGUAUAAGUACAUAGAAGAUGCAGAAACCAUUAGGGCUAUGUGCUUAAUAGUGUGUGACCACAAAGCUUGAGACAGAUGGGUCAGUACAUUAAUAUUUUUCUGUCGUUUCUCAUGGGCAUAGGAAGGAAGCAAAUCCUAAUUUUCUGAAUGCGUGAAUGGAGAAAAUGGUGUCACUAACUUCAAUAACACGGAAAAGAUUAGCUUUUUCUAAUGCUACUAGGAAACUCCUAUUUUAGACAAUGAAACUUUUCCAAAGGUUUCAGACCAUUUUUCCAACUAGUCUUCAAGUACUUCAAUGUUCAUGGCUCCUUAACAUUUCUGAACUCCCUUUGUAACUUAGUUAUAAAGCCACAAGGCACUGAGUAGCUGUGAAAACAAUUUAGCUUUAUACCUUUGAUUUUCAAAUGAUAAAACCAUAAGAAUAUGUGACUAGACCCAUUUUACAAUGUUAUGUACCUCAUGUUUAAAGGGUUUGAAUUAAAACUGAAAUAAAGUAAAUACCUGCAUUCCAUAGGGAAAUCGUCCUUGAGAAGGUCAUCAGUGAAUUCCCUAGUCUAAUUGUCACACUUGGGCCCCAUGACUGGAAAAUCCCAUUGCUUACUUCAAGGAGACUUGAAUGCUUGAACCCCUAUGGGGUUACGCCUUUCAGGGUUUGGGGUGGAACCUAUAUUCUAAUUAAAACACUAAAAAGGAAUGACCCCAAAUCUACUUAAAUUGUGGUUAUAUUUUCUACCUGAUUCCACAUGCCUAAGAAUGGAAGGGAAAGAAAUCUUGGAAUGUGGUCUUGUGUAUAAUUGAUAACUCUAUUCUGCCCACUUAGACUAGGUUUUUUCUUGCAUGAUAAUCAAAAACAUGUAAAAUAAAUCUUGUAAGAUUCAUAAAAAAGACUUAAAAUUCCAUCACAGUCCUAUGUUCAGAGAUUGUUAAAAAGAGUCGACUACUUUGGCAGUCAUUCACCUCUCCAUUUUAGGCAGGGACAUCCCAGGACAUUAUUGCGAGAACUGCAUUAACUCUCCCAUGUCACGUAUGUGAGGAACUACAUAAUAAAAACAGUAGCUAACAUUUUUCUAGAGAUCACUAUGUGCCGAAACACUUCCAUGUUUAGCAUGUAUAUGUAAUCUUUUUAUACUCAUAGGAUCUCUUCAAUGAAGACAACAUGACCAUAUUUUGCAGACGAGAUAACUGGGGCUCAUUUGUGGUAAGUGAUUGCUGAAGGUCACACUUUCAGUGAGUGUCAGAUCAUAGAUUUAAAUUUAAGCAGUCUGACUUCACAGCUCACAUAUUUCAGUGUUUUGUCUGUUAAUACAUUAAGACUAUUUGGCCAGGCAAUAAAUAAACCAGAAUGAAGAUAGCACUGAGAUCAUAUAACUAUGUGCAUUGCUGUACCACUGACACUCUUUGCUUGAGAGGGUCUCAUUUUCACUUUUCUGCAAUCCUUGUCAAUCGUAUUCACCCAAAAUUGUAGAGGUCUUGCUACGUACUGGGCGUUUUAUCAGCUUGUUGCAGAUCCAAAGUAAAUAAAUCAUUGCCUUGUCCUUGAAAAACUCAAAGAUGAGAUUGGCUUCAGUACUGAAGGGUGAAAAAGAAUGUAUCAGGAUUAAUCCACAUAUUUUGAUGGUGGCAAUAGUGUUUACUGAGAUGAUGAAAGUGGUAGUAUUUGUCAUAGAGAUAAUUUAUUUUGUUUUUCUCCUUAGAUAUUAAUGACAUGCUUCUUUUCACCAGAAAGAUGAAUACAAACAAUGAAAAACUCUACACUUCUAUUGCCAUAAAAAAUGCGCUUUUCUCCCAAAUUGUCCUUGGGAUCACAGCCAAUACCAUCCUUCUUCUCUUCCACGUCCACACCUUGAUUCUCAAGCACAGGCCUAAGCCCACCGACUUGACCAUCGGUCACUUGGCCCUAAUCCACAUAAUAAUGCUGCUAACCAUGGGGUUCAUGGUUACAGAAAGUUUUGGGUCUCAGAAUUUUUGGAACGUCGUCAAAUGUAAGUCAGUUAUCUACUUGUACAGGUUGACGACGAGCCUGUCCGUUUGUACCACCUGCCUACUGAGCAUCCUCCAAGCCAUCAUCCUCAGCCCCAGAAGCUCCCAUUUGGCAAAGCUCAAGCAUAAAUCCUCACACCACAACCUGUAUCGCAUUCUCCUCCUACGGGUCUUCAAUAUGUCCAUUAAUGCUUGCUGCUUAAUCUCCACCAUUGCCACCCUCAAUGUGACCUCAGCCCAUCUUCUGUUUGUCACUGAAUCCUGCUCUCUUUUACGCUUGAGUUACCUCCCUGAGUACAUAUUUUCCACAUUGGGGAUAUUCUGGGACAUUUCCUUUAUAGGGCUCAUGGCCCUCUCAAGUGGACACAUGGUGACUCUCUUGUACAGGCAUAAGAGGCAGUCCCGGCAUCUUCACAGCACCAACCUUUCUCCAAAAGCAUCCCCAGAAGAAAGGGCCACCCACACCAUUCUGUUGUUUCUGAGUGUCUUUGUGUUUGUGUACUUUUUGGAUUAUAUUACCUCCGUCUCCUUAGAAAUGUGGUGGGACAAUGACUCAGUUCGUCAACACGUCCACGUGCUGGUGACCAACAGCUAUGCCACAGUCAGCCCUUUGGUGCUAAUCAGUACUGAAAAACGAAUAAUGAAAGUUUUAAAAUCCGUGUGUGGAAGGACAGUAAAUGCUUAAUUAUUCAGUGAUAGACUCUCUCUCUCUCCCUCUUUUUUCAUCCUGUACUUUUUAUUUCCAAUUUUGUAAAAAUUUGUUCUUGUGAAAAAAGUAAUUUCUGAAGGAGCCGGAACUUUUGCAUUUGCUCUUUGUAAAGAUGCUAACUUGCAAAUUUACGGUUCUGUUACUGUACAUCUCAAACGUGUUAUCUUUCCAUCUCUCUUAGUACCUAAGAUGCAUUUAGCCUUGGCAAGAAAAAUGACACCAAACUCAAUGCACCUUGGAAGAAUUAAUCUUGUUUAACCAGAGUAAGAGAAAAAUCUGCAUAAGCAUAAUUGACUCAAUUAAUAUGGCUGAUGUAAUUAGUGUUAUAGCUUAUUUCUUUUAUCAAAGCAACAAACAGAUAUAAUGGGAAUAAAAUUCCCUUGACAUUAAAUCUAGUAGCAUUUCUAAUCAUAA